AAAGGUUUUCUCUUUCCCUACCAUGACCUGAAGAGGAGGAGCCUCCUCUCCUUUAUCUUUUUCUAUCUCUCUCUCUCCCCACCACUUUCCAUGCAUGAAGAGCCACUAACCUCUUUUCCUCUUCCACUGCUUCCCUCCCUUGGACCAAGAAGCUUAUACCCAAAGAAAUUCCAAAGCCAACCAAAACAAAAAGAAAAAAAAGAAAAAAAAGAACAGAAAAGGAGAGCUCUCUCUUUCUCUCUCUCUGCAACUCUAUGUGAUUCUCCACCACCUUCAAAACCCACCAACCUUUACAAAAGAAAGGGAAGAAAAACAUGGUUUUUCCAUCUGUUCCUAUCUAUUUAGAUUCACCCAACUGGCAACAACAGCCACAAAAUUACCCACAAGGAACCACCAGUGAGACUUCCCAUCAGCUCCCGCCUCCUGCCCCGCCGUCCACGGCGGGGCCAGGUGUCGGGAGUGGUGUUGCAGGCUCUAUCAGGCCUGGCUCGAUGGCAGAACGAGCCCGCAUGGCGAAGUUACCGCAACCAGAGGCGGCGCUCAAAUGCCCGCGCUGUGACUCCACCAAUACCAAGUUCUGCUACUUCAACAACUACAGCCUCUCUCAGCCACGCCAUUUCUGCAAGACCUGCCGGCGGUACUGGACACGUGGAGGUGCCCUAAGGAACGUUCCCGUUGGCGGCGGCUGCCGGAGGAACAAGAGAAGCAAAGGCAGCAGCAGCUCGAAAUCACCAGCCUCUGCCGACCGCCACGCCGGCUCUUCUACCUCAUCUGGUUCAGCUCCCUCUAGCAACUGCACUGCUGAUGUAGUAGGCCACAUCCCACCACCGCUGCCGCACCUUCCUUACAUGUCCUCUCUACACCAUCAUCUUACUGAUUACGGCGCUGCGGCCGAUCUCGGACUUAAUUUCCCGGGAAUCAAUCAAUCAGUUCCUGUAACAGCCGGUGGUGGGACGGAUAUGGACUAUCAAAUGGGUGGAGGUAGUUCAAGUGGCGGCAGCAGUAGCGGUGGGGCCAUGUUAUCAGCUGGAUCAGCUGAUCAGUGGCGUUUGCAGCAAUUACAGCAUUUUCCUUUCUUGAGUGGCUUGGAGCCACCACCAUCUGGGCUUUAUCCGUUUGAUGCGGAAGGGGUCGAUCCAAUGGCUUAUACAGGUGGGAUGAGUCAUCUUCAACAGAAGCCGUCCAGUUCAGUGGCCAGUCAGGUGGCUUCUGUGAAGAUGGAAGAAAAUCAAGGGUUGAAUAUAUCAAGGCAGUUUUUGGGGAUUCCGGGAAAUGAUCAAUACUGGGGUGGAAAUCCAUGGACAGAUCUAUCCAGCUUCACUUCAUCUUCUACCAGCCAUCUUCUAUGAUUUUUCAAAUCUUCAGAACGCUGUAACCUUACCUUUGAAGCUCGUUGUUGUUGUUGUUUUUUGUUUUUUCGUUUUUAUGUUUUUUGGUUAUUAACUAAAGCUUCAACUGGAGAGAAUUGAAUCAAUCCAACGGAAUCCAUUCCGUCCAACCAACCUUAACUUGGAAGAGAUUCAACCCCAAGUGUUCAAGAUGGUGAAAAUCUGCAAUAGUGGGGCCCAUCAAUUCGAGAUCUGGUGAAGAAGUUAGAAAUGGUAGGAUUCUUGUUUUUCAUUUAUUUGAUGUUGGUUUUUUUUUUUUUUCCUUGUAUUUUAUAGGUAUGUUUACAAAAUAGGUUCGUGAGUUGGGAGUUUGAUAUAAUCUGACAUGAAGAGCUAAUUGCUAGAGGUGAAAACAAGCAAUGUAGUGAGUGAUUUCUUUUCUUCUUUUUUCCCUUUUAUAGACUAUCUCAUAUUUGCAUUGUA